AUGCAGGUGUGUCACGGCCAAGACGGCUGGGGCAGCACCAAGCCUCCGUCCUAUGCUUUCUGGUCAUGCCGAGAAACCCCUUGGCGGAGACCCUGCACAUCCCGCGAAUCGCGAAAGCUGCGGAGUCCGGAGAAGGCAAGCAGCGCGUGA